AUGGAAAAAGCCAUGUGGUGGACGGACAGGAUCGCUUCACAUGGAAGAGAUUCUUUGGUGCAAGUGCCAUGGCCUGUGGAUGAUGAGAAAGAAGAGGCAAAGAUUCGGAAGACAAUUAAGAGAAUUCUUUCAUCUUUGGGCCUUUCUGGGCAUGCGAAACCAUAA